AUGCACGCCGCGCUGGAUGUCGACGAAAUUCUACGCAAUGUUGUCAACGACUCGAGCCUCAACAAACGCGACCUCGCGUCGGUAGCCAUGACAUGCCGUGCAUGGUCCGACCCUGCCCUGGACGAGCUCUGGGAGUCGCUCGACUCGCUGGGGCCGCUGCUGAACGCGCUGCCUCAGGGUCUUCUUGAGUGGGAGUACAGCCCUGGGGACAAGACCACUCUGGCCGGAAUCGCCAUGAAAAUGACUCGACCAUUCAUUCAGUCCGACUGGGCGUCCUUUCGCCGAUACUCAACUCGCGUGAGGGCGUUUCGUGGCUCCCUUGACCAGAUGCCCAUCUCAUGGGACAACUGGACGCAGGCAACGAUGAUCAUUGGCGAGGACAUGUUCUGCGAGCUGGCCGCGCGCAGCACGCCGGAUCCGCUAUUCCCAAGGCUGCACGAGGUAGUCUGGUAUAACGCACACAUCAACAACGCGAAGCUCUUGCACCUCCUGGUGGUCCCUUCUGUGACGACGUUGCAUAUGCCGGGGAUCUCAGUACACUGGUUUUCUAGUUUCAUGCAAUCUGUUUAUGCCACCGUGCUCGAGCUCUUCGCCACGCUAGGCGAUCUCUGCCCUUCCAUGAAAUCCUUCCACUCCCCACACAACUUUGCCCUAAUCCCACAUGCCUCCGUCCUCUCACCGGCCAUCCGCUCAUGGAAACACCUCGAAUCCAUCACCUGCACCAUUCCUGACUUCGUCUGCCUCGAGCACUUCUCCACCCUCUCCAGCCUCCGCCACCUCCAGCUGCACGUACCAAAGGAAGGCCUCUCCAUCCCGAACAACUUGCGCUUCAGCCAGCUUGACACCCUCUGCCUCUCCGGCUCGCCGUCGGACAUGGUCUCCCUCCUGCGCGCCAUCGACGGCCCGCUCCCCAUUUCGCGCUUCGAGUCGCAGGCGUUCCAGUGCCCCGAGGAAGACGACAUACGCCAGCUGCUGGAUACACUCCUCGAGCGCUGCAGCCCCGCGCGCCUCCGGUCGCUCUAUAUUCAGGAAUACCACCACAUACUACUCCCAACCGUUAUCCGUUCGCAUCCUUUCCGCGUCACGCUGGAUGCGCUAAGGCCCGCGAUGGCGUUUAGCGCCCUCGAGCGUAUCUAUGUAGACACCCCACGCGCCAUUGCGCUGGACGACGAGGACAUGCUCGAGCUCGCGCAUGCGUGGCCAAAUGCUAGGUCAUUGGAGAUCAACACGAACGCCGGGUGGGUGAACGAGUCGCGCGUUUCGUUGAUAGGCAUCGCCAAGCUUGUGCAUGCUCUCCCGCACCUCGAGAACCUCGCUGUGUCUGUCGAUGCACGACCUCUUGCAAGUCAGGUUGAGGAAGAUCCUUCGCUCACCAUCAACGAGUAUUCUCCCCGUUUGCGUAGUCUGGACCUCUUAGACUCGAGAGUGGGCACCGAUAACGAGACUGUCGCUUCUUUCUUAUCCAAGUUCAUCUGCGCACCGGGGUGCGACGCCCGCGCGUGGAACCGCGACAAGGUCCUGACCAAAAUGAGCCCCGACGCUGCGUGCUGGCGCGAGCGGUGGCGCCAGGUGUUCGAGCUUCUGGAUACCCACUCAUAGAUUUCCUAGACGUAAGCCUCGAUGGCUGGACCAUUCUCAUGCUCGUUUGAGAUUAGAUUUAGAUUUUACGCUAUUACGGUAUUCAACUCCUACUUACCUAGGAAUUAUAGACUCA